UAAUAUCUCCAGUACUUUUUAAGCUUAUGAUCAAGACAAAAAUUAAGCAUAGAGAAGUAAAAAAUGGCAAUAAACCCCAAAUCAUGCAAUAAAAAGUUAUGGUUCCUUGGCAUUGUAACUUCUCAUAAAUGAGAUUUAGUUAUAUGUGGAGUUUAAAAUUAUUGUCUCUAACAUCUUUUGUGCUAUGCUUUCAGAGGCUUUAUAUCUAUUGUAAAAAUUAAUGUGUGAAAAGUAAAUAAGUCAUAAUGUCUGAUAAAUUUCUUACAAUCAGGAUAAGUAAAUACUAGCUAGUAAAAUACUGCAUCCUCUAAGAUUUAACAACACAGCAUACAUCUCAGAUCUGAUAAAACUACUGCCCUCUUAUCUAGUAAUCUAUGAAUGGGGGUUAAUAGUUUACUCAUGCUGACCAGAAUGUUCCAUUUGAUUAUUUUGGGAGAGGCAACAUUAUACAUGUUUUUAUGUAGAAUUUGUCUUAAAAUAGCAUGCUAAAUUAUCUUUCAAAAGCUUAUUUCUACUCAAUCUAUUUUAGGUAUUAGAUAUAGUUAUACAAUCAAAUGAAUGUAAAAAAUAAAAUGAUGGGUGCUAUGGUUUUUGGAAAAUCCCUCACAAUUUAAAAUUAUAAUGGACUGUCCAUGCAGUUACACCGUUGUAAAGUUUGAAUUCAAAGGAAUUGAGGUCAGUUAAAGCUUGCAAACACAAAGGAAAUUAUUGAUAUUGUAGCAAUUCUGGAGAUAUUUUGUUUAAAAUGUAAGGGUGCAUAUUUUUGAUUUCUCAAAGAAAACAUUUAAAGUCUUAUUAGUGUGGUAAAUAGAAAUGAGAAGUUUUAACUGAAGUGUGAAUGUGUAGACAAGAAGAUAAACAGCAGAAUCAUUCCCAGUCAAAGUUUCAGACACAAAGCAAUGAGGAGCAGCCUGGAGCAACACAUUUGAUCUUCAGUGGCUUUACAAAGGACCAAGUGAUGGCAGAACUGAAGCCAUAUGCCUCAAAAGAGAAAGGUACAACAAGGCUCUUCAGAAUGCUAUUCAAUAUAGAAGAGAUUAAAGGCCGCUCAUUGUUUGGUAUGAGGAAAGGGAACAGAGAGUCUGACGCCAGACCUUCUUGUGCAGACAAGGCAAAACUUAAGUUCUUGGAAGAUUGUGCGCUCGAAAAGUUGCCGACAACCUAAAGGACUGAACUCAAACCGUCCAGGAAUAGCAAGAUAAACUGAAGAAAAUAAAUGGACUAAUGUUUUGCUAUUUUUGAGACAAUAUAUAAUUUCAUAUGGAAACAUUAAAAAGGAUUAUUUUUAAAAUUUGUUUGUUUCCAAUUUAGGGUACAGGGUGACUUUAAAGCAGUUUCCAGCUAUUGCCACCCACAAGGUGGAAAAUUUCUGAAAGGGUGAAAAUAGGUGGCAUUUAGUGGAAACUGAAUUUGCCACUAUCUGGUGGCAAAAUGGUGGAAAAGUGUCUAAAUACUCCACCAAUUUUCCACCCUUAUGGUGGCAAAAGGUGGAAAUAAGUGGCAUUUGGUGGAAAAUAAGUUUGCCACUCAAUGGUGGCAUAAUGGUGGAAAUUUGUCUAAAUACUCCACCAAU